GUGCUAUAAUGGUUCCACUAUCCUCGAAAGAAAUUCGUGCGGCGGGGUCCGGCGAUAGGGAAGAAGUUCAGCUUUUGAUGAUGUGGAAGCUGAAAGCACUCUCCAGAGUGAAUAAUGUCGUGUAGCGUUUAAACCUAAACGAAUCUCGAUUGAUUUGCGACAGUUUCCAUCAUCUCUACCACAAUCGGAAAGUUGGCCCAAAAAUUCGUUUCCUCUACUUUGACAUUAAGCAUUUAUUAUUAAAUUAUGCAGCGAUUAUUCAUACUCAUCGAAGCAUUCGCACUUGCUCUUGUUGUCCAAGCCAUACCGAAGCCAGAUGAAAUUCAGGAACGAGUUUUGAACAAGGAUCUGAGCGAGCAAGAACACUUCAUUAAUUUCCAGCAUAAUCCAUCUUAUGAUCAUGAAGCUUUUCUGGGAGAAGAGGCAAAGACUUUUGACCAGUUGAGCCCGGAAGAAAGCCGAAGACGUCUGGGUAUCAUUGUAGAUAAAAUCGACAAAGACCAAGAUGGGCUGGUGACUCAAGAGGAACUUAAAGACUGGAUAAAAUAUACUCAGCAACGUUACAUCCAAGAUGAUGUUGAACGGCAAUGGACAACCCACAAUACUGAAAACAAAGAUAAGCUUCCAUGGAAGGAAUACCGCAGCAUGGUUUAUGGAUUUAUGGAUGAUACAGAUACCGAUCAACCUGAAAAGUCUGAAGACAACUUCUCCUAUGCAGCUAUGCUUAACCGAGAUCGUAGGCGCUGGACGGUAGCAGAUAAAGAUGGAGAUGAUGCUCUGACAAGAGAAGAAUUUUCAGGGUUUCUUCAUCCCGAAGAAACUGAUGGCAUGCGGGAUGUUGUAGUCUUGGAGACAAUGGAGGACAUUGACAAAGAUGGAGAUGGAAAAAUAUCUGUAGCUGAAUAUAUUGGGGACAUGUAUAGAGGUGGAGCCGAUGAAGAGGAACCAGAAUGGGUGAAGAAUGAAAGAGAACAGUUUUCUACUUAUAGAGAUAAAGACGGUGACGGUUCAAUGGAUGCUGAAGAGGUGAAAAAUUGGAUUAUCCCAGCAGACUUUGAUCAUGCCGAAGCGGAAUCUCGACACUUGAUUUAUGAGGCAGAUAGUGACGCUGAUCAAAAACUUACAAAAGAAGAAAUAUUGGAGAAAUAUGAUAUUUUUGUUGGGUCACAGGCCACAGAUUUUGGAGAAGCUUUGGCGCGGCACGAUGAAUUUUAAUAAUAUGCAUUAGCUUUAUUGAGCUCUAUCGAACAAGUCAAAAUAUAUAUUUACACUGACAUCCCUCAUAUCUCAGCUGAAAUGCGAACCAUGUGACGUAUUUAAUAUACGAUUUUUCAUUCGAAAGUAUACCUACAUAUAUUUGCCCAAGUAUUCACUUAUACCGAGAUAUCAACUAUACUUUUUGCUGGCCUUCCGCAUUUAUUGUCUCAAUCCUCAAAUGUUAUCCAUUAGUUUACUAGAUACUUCAUACUUGGGUAAAAUGUAAAUGUCUAUAAUAAAUAAUACAAAAUACGUAUUUUAAUUCUA